CUACUGUGUCAACUCGUCUGAAGUCAGCCUCCCAUUGAGGAAUGCUGGAGCUUUAACCUGAGUGUUUCAUCCACUCCUCGGUUUUAUUUUUACCCGACAACCAGGACAACAAGAAAAGGGAUUUUUAUCUCGACAACACAGGCUGCAUCGCCACAUCUGAGGCCUCAACUCCAUUUACGCGCAAGUGCCAUGGGCUUCAUGGCAGUGCAAUGUGGAAGGUAACUUAGUCUCGCAUCUUUUGCCUCUUGGUUCGCCUCAUGUCUGAGGACAGUGAUCCAAAGCACUACCUGUACUCAACCCUGGAGGGGCGCGAGAGGAACCGGGAAAGGGUCGGCUUCCAGUUGGAGGAAGAGGAAGGCUCUCCCUGCGGCGCCAUCAGCCAACUUCACCGCAUGGCCACCAGCUACAGCGAGGGUUGCGGCGGGCCGGACAGGGUUGAACUAGAAGCGGAGUUGGGACUGGCCUCCGAGGGCAGCGACAGCAGCCACGAGCACCCAGCCUCGCCGCGCUCCCCUCAUGAUGACAGGAAGCGGCCACGACCACCCUUGCACGAGGACGUAGAGAUGGGUGGCAGCGGCUCGAGUGGGAGCGGGACCGAGUCCCAUGGUAACGAGUCGCAUGGCAAUGAGUCCCAUGGCAAUGAGUCUGUGGGCAGCUCAAAUGGCAAUGGCAAGGAUUCUGCUCUAUUGGAGUCUUCAGGGAGCAACAAGAGCUCAAACUCUCACAGCCCCUCGCCGCCAAGCAGCUCCAACGCCUUCAGUCUGGUGAGCUCAGAGCAGGACAACCCCUCCACCAGCGGCUGCAGCAGCGAACAGUCAGCCAAAGCGAAGACACAAAAGGAGCUCUUCAAGACCCUCAAGGAGCUGAAGAUGCACUUGCCGUCAGAAAAGAGGAGCAAGGGCAAAUCCAGCACAGUCAACACGCUUAAAUAUGCGCUGCGAUGUGUCAAACAGGUGAAAGCCAAUGAGGAAUACUACCAGAUGCUAAUGGUUAAUGACAGUCAGCCUCCAGGGUUCGAUGUAUCGUCCUACACCAUCGAGGAAAUCAACAGCAUCACCUCUGAGUAUACCGUCAAAAACACUGAUAUUUUUGCUGUAGCCGUCUCACUCAUCACGGGGAAAAUUGUUUACAUCUCGGACCAGGCGGCGUCCAUCUUGAACUGCAAGCGUGAAGUUUUUAACAAUGCCAAGUUUGUGGAGUUCCUGACACCUCAGGACGUCAGCGUGUUCUACAGCUUCACCACGCCCUACCGCCUGCCCUCAUGGAGCAUGUGCACCGGAGCAGACUCCUCUCCCACGGAGUGCAUGCAGGAGAAGUCCUUCUUUUGCCGCAUCAGUGGUGGUAAGGAGCGUGAAGGGGAUCUGCAGUACUAUCCUUUCCGCAUGACUCCAUACCUGAUGAAAGUCCAGGAUGCUGAGCUGGCUGAGGAGCAGUUCUGCUGCCUCCUGCUGGCGGAGAGGGUGCACUCUGGAUAUGAAGCACCCAGAAUCCCUCCUGACAAGCGAAUCUUCACCACCACACACACACCUAACUGUGUGUUCCAGGAUGUGGAUGAGAGGGCUGUACCUCUGUUGGGUUACCUCCCUCAGGACCUGAUCGGGACCCCCGUGCUUCUCAAUCUGCACCCAAGUGACCGGCCCUUGAUGCUGGCUGUGCAUCGCAAAAUUCUGCAGUAUGCCGGUCAGCCAUUCGACCACUCCUCGAUCCGUUUCUGUGCAAGAAACGGCGAGUACAUCACCCUUGACACCAGCUGGUCCAGCUUCGUCAACCCCUGGAGUCGCAAGGUCUCCUUUGUCAUAGGCAGGCACAAAGUCCGCAUGGGUCCUGUGAAUGAAGAUGUCUUUGCAGCACCAGCUUUCCACGGAGGGAAGAUGAUGGACUCAGACAUCCAGGAAAUUAGUGAACAGAUCCAUAGGCUGCUACUCCAACCGGUCCACAACAUGGGCUCCAGUGGCUAUGGUAGCCACGGCAGCAAUGGUUCCCACGAGCAGCUGGUGAGCAUCAGCUCGUCAAGUGAGAGCAACGGGAACAUCGUGGGGGCAAACACAGUGGAGGAGACAAGCAAGACCAAGCCUCCUAGGACGUUCCAGGAGAUUUGUAAAGGGGUACAUAUGAUGAAGAACCAAGACUCCCAGGUCUGCCUGCGCUCCCCUCCCCCUUCGCCAUCACCAUCCAAGCCCGAGCAUAAAAAGACCAUUGACACCGCAGCUCAGAAGAGUCCAGCGUCGCGUCUGAAAGACUCGAUUCCCUCUCUGCACGUCAGAGACAGCACUGCAGCCAGCAUGGAGGACUUCCCCUGCAAAGACCAGACUGUCUGCUCCUACCAGCAGAUCAGCUGCCUCGACAGUGUCAUCAGGUACCUGGAGAGUUGUAACAUCCCAAUCACGGUGAAGAGGAAGUACCAGUUCUCCACCAAUACCACCUCCUCCAACUCUGAUGACGACAAGAAGAGCUCAGAGGACGGCAUGCAAGUGCCUCAGGAUACCAACCCAGAUCCUUUGAUGCUAGACGCCCAGCCAGGCCUGUCAAACAUGAAAGCACCCAAGAAGCCUUCAUCUGGGGCAGCUGCUGUGGUGGGAGGCCCCCUGGCACCCCUCACCCUGCCCAGCAAGGCUGAGAGCGUGGUUUCAAUUCCCUCGCAGUGCAGCUACAGCAGCACCAUCGUCCACGUGGGAGACAAGAAGCCUCAGCCAGAGUCUGAGAUUAUCGAAGACGUGGCAGAGAGCCCUGCUCCCCCGGCUCUGCCUGUCAGCGUGGUGUCUCCGCCCAGCCAGGAGAAGGAGGCCUACAAGCGGCUGGGACUGACCAAACAGGUGCUCGCUGCACACACCCAGAAAGAAGAGCAGGCCUUCCUCAACCGCUGCAGAGAGCUCCGCAAUGCCAGGACCUUCCAGAAGGACUAUUCCACGUAUCUGCACAAGCAGAGGGGUCCAGUCAAUGCUGAAGAAACAUCUGCACUACGAGGUGCAGCCAAACAGGGCACCACCAGGCCCGAGACCACUGCCAAGAAGGGCAACCGUAACAGGAAGUCCAAGAAGCCGCGGAUGAAGCAUCCUGAUUCAUCAGACAGCGCAGUGUCAAACCGAAAACCCCGUCCACCUCUCCAGGGUCUCAACCAAACCUCAUGGUCCCCGUCAGAAGCAUCCCAAUCUGCUUUUAACGUCUCCUAUCCAGCCAUGGUGCCUGCCUACCCGCUCUACCCUCCUGCACCUGCAGCCCCAGCACAGGCCCCCCGCCCUGACCCCUCCCUUUCCACAGGCUUUGGAGAGGGGCAGAGCACCCAAGCCCCACCCUCUGCUGCUCCAUUUGCUGCACCCAUUGUUACACCUGUGGUGGCCCUGGUGUUACCCAACUACCUCUUCCCCCAAAUAGGACAGUUAGGUCAGAUGGGGCAGCUGGGGGCUGCUCCUAGACCAACGUUUUUCCCUGAGCAGACGCAGGCACAGCCUGCAUACGCUACUCAGCAGCCCUUUCAGCCACCACAGCCAGCCUUUGCCAUGCAAACACAACCCCCCUUCACCAGCCAACAGCCGUUCCCUGUGCAGACUGCCUUUGCCCCCCAGCAGCAAUUCCAACCCGCUCAGACCCCCUUCACUACCCAGCAACCUUUCCAGGCCUCUCAAACCCCCUUCGCUACCCAGCAGCCCUUCCAGGCCCCUCAGACUGCCUACAAUACCCAGCAGGCCUUCGCUGCCCAGCCUUCUUUCCCAGUGCAGACACAGUUUGUGGCUCAACCCCCUUAUCCAUCUCAGCCUUUCCCCUAUAGCCUAGCCUCCGAGCCCCCCAAAGCUAUGGCUGUGGAGCCCCGAGAAGGGGGGGCUUCACGCUCCUCCACCCCAGCCUCUGGAGCGAGGGAGCCUGCGACGUCUCCACCGCUGUUUGAGUCACGGUGCAGCUCGCCUCUGCAGCUCAAUCUGCUGAGCAUGGAGGAGGGACAGCGCUCGGUGGAACGGCAGGACAGCGCAGCGCCCCUUCUUGGGUGCCUGGGCAUCAGUUCAGUAGCAGCAUCAGGGGCAGCCGGGGCAGCAGGGGAGAAGAGCGGAGGCACAGCCAAGACUGAAGGCCACCAACAGGUGGAGUCUCCAGGAGAUGGGGCUCAGAGUGACGGAAACUCCUCAUCCUGCGACUUGCUGGACAUCCUGCUACAGGAGCAGGAGGACUCCCACUCUGGGACCGGAUCAGCCACCUCUGGCUCCAUGGGCUCAGGGUCAGGCUCCGGAUCGGGCUCAGGAUUGGGCUCAGGCUGCAACGGCUGUGGUACAUCUAGUGGAGCGUCUGGCAGCAGAACAGGGAGCAGCCACACCAGCAAAUACUUUGGCAGUGUUGACUCUCUGGAACAAGACCCUAAGUCUAAAACCAAGAAGAGAGGCGAAGGAGGCUCUGAGAGCAGCCAGUCGCAGACCAAGGUCUCCUCCCAGGGCGAGGGAGACCAUUUAAUCAAAUUCGUUCUCCAGGAGCCUCUCUGGCUGCUGAUGGCCAAUGCUGACGACAAAGUCAUGAUGACGUAUCAAAUGCCGUCCAGGGACAUUCAGAGGGUUCUGCGAGAAGACAAGGAGAGGCUGCGGCAGAUGCAUAAGAGCCAGCCUCACUUCUCCAAAGACCAGCGACGAGAGCUAGUGGAGGAACACCCCUGGAUGAGGCGGGGAGGUUUACCUGCUGCCAUCAAUGUGAAGGAGUGUGUCUACUGCGAGGACGCAGCAGCAGCCCCCAUCGAGGAAGACCUGCCACACAUGGACAUGAAUGAGCUGGGCGAGGAACUGGGCCAAGAGGGCCAGAAUGCCCAAAGCCAAUCAGAGGAGUCUCAGCCUCAGCCAGAUGCUGGCUCGUGAAGACACACUCGGCCAGCAGGGGGACUCACUCGACCAGUCAGGGACCUUCAUGAUGCACACACACACAGACUUUGUGGAUGUGAGACCAACAGCUGUGUGCCUGGCCAUCCUCACAAACACACACAAACACACAGCAUGAACUCAAGCAGAAAACUGUUGUUGCCAUCGUGGUGAAUAUGAGGAUGCGUGCGGCUCCUGUGAUCAUGUGUGUGAGUUGUGCUGAGGACUGCUGCUGAAACGCAGUUCUUCAUGCCCCCAUACAGGGGGCAGUGUACUAUAUGAGGGUCAGGCAUACAAAGGCCCUCAUCAAGUACUUUUGCCAGCUUACUUUCUCUCACACACACAUUUUCUCUCAUUGAAAGGACCUGGGCCCAGCUUGUGUGGUCGGUGACCUUUGGCCUCCCACAUAAAUGUAUUUUUUAUUUGAUUGUUUCCCCAUCCUCCUUGUUGGGGGCAGCGCUUAACAGCAACGUGAGCAAUUAUUAUUCUAAAAAAAAAAAGACAAGGAUAAUAGUUAAUGGACCUCUUUUAAACUUCAUAUAUUUGAAUUUUUAAGAAUUUUAUUUUGUCAGAAAUGUUAUUAACAAGCAGCUAAGCAUUGCUGUAUGAAUACUGCCAGACAUAAUGUUUGUGUUUUCUUGUUUUCAAGCCCCUCAACCCCCCUUUUGUUUUCCCAUUUUGAACUAUGGAGAAUAGUUGUGGUGUUGGAUGAUGUCGGCUGGGUCAAAGGGCAGGCACCGCCACUUUUGUAUCAUGAAAGAGUUUUUAUCUCUACUCUCUGAACCUGCAACAUCCAGGUGCAGAGCAGUGGUUGCACCCGACUGGGCAGCCAACAGAAUGACAUGGAGGUUGAUUAUAAUCAUCCUCAACAGAGACAGUCUAAUACGAAGCGAGAGCUAUUCAUAUAACUAAGUAUCUUAUUUAUUUUCUACCAGAUAAUGUAUCGAGAAUAGAUUGUUUUGAGCUAAAGCCAAAUCCAUUCUUACAGUUCUUAUAUGUAUUAAUACUACACAUGCAUCAACAGCAAAGUCAAAGUUACAUUACAACUAUAAACUGGAGUUAGCGUGUCUAUUUCACAGAAUAACCUCAAAGUGUUUUAGGCCUCUGUAGACCUUAAAAAAACACAGGUGCUAGGAACAAGUGGGCGUCAUCGGAGAUUAAAAAGCUGCUGAAUUAUAUUUUGUUUGAAACGAUCAACAGCAGGAAGUUGACUCGUGAAAAGAAGAGGUCGAAACACAGCACAGAAACCUGAGGCUGCAAAUCAAAUGUUUUUAUGUCAUUUAAACUUACAAGGUCCUUGGGAUUGGCAUUCCCCUUUCAAUAUCUGUUUCUAUCUUUAUAUGAUGUAUUUUGUCUUUAACGACACAGGAGUAUUCAUGUACAUUGCAGAUUAUUGAAAAUAUUGUCGAGUAAUAUUCUUUUUUGUCAAUAUGGUGCAGCUCUACUACAAAAUGUCAUUUUUAGAACAAAUCCAUGCGACGUCUGGGAUUUCUACAUUAUGGAAAAAUGACAAUGUGUCAUCUGCUCAUUUUCUCACUGAGCUGGUUUUCCACGCUGAGAAACUUUGUAUACAAUAUUGGCACCAAAAUUCUCUAAAUCUUAAGUCUCUGCAGGUGUGUGUGCUGCAGUACAGAUUCUUAAAGCUGUUGUUCAUUGGGAUGUUUGAGACUGUGUUCUCAACAGAGGUCGAAACUGAGCAUCAGCACUUAGAUAUGAGAGUACAGCGGGGAAAGAAACAGCAUUAUAAUUGUAGCAAACAAGGGGACCGUGUUGCCUGAGUAACCUUCCAUACAAACCCGGGUUACACAGGGAAUGGUGGCCAUCUGUAACCAUGCGGCCCCUCCUUAUCUUACAUGAAGUAUUAAGGAAACUGUGACCUGCAGUGGCUCCAUGUAGUCGAGGUAAACUGUAGGAAUACUGGGAACAACUCUGGUGCUACGGCAGAGAAACUGAGGCAGGGCUUGUGAAUGUAACACAGACUGGACCAAGAGCAUCUCACUGGUUUGUUUUCAUGAUUUUAUUUUAUUUUUCGUUCUCUUGUUCAAUUUUUUUUAUUGCUCUAUUUUUCUAUUUGUUUUCUCUUAUGUGUUUGUUUGCGAAGGUAAGAGCUUUUUGAGUGGGGACGGACCCUUACCUCUAAUAAAACCCAGGUCAUGUUACUGUAAGCAGAACAUAGCAUGUGUAUGCAUGUGGGCAAAGCGCAAUGGACAGAGUGGUCAGAUACUUCAGUGAUUCCAGCUUGUGGACGCCUGUCUGCUUUCUGUUCCGAUGGUAGGAUGCACAGAGAGGACAGGCGCUUUUCACCACCUUUAGCAACAGUCUGUCUCUGUCUUUUGUCUUUUUUCUGAGCGAAAUAUCUUGACGGGGGGCCUCCAACGCUCACUUGUGUAUAAAAAAAUGGAUGCAGAGAGUAUGUAAGGUAAUAUUUAAGCCUUACCUUUUUCAUAAGGCCUUGCAUAGAGGAAGUCCAUUUUAAAGUAAAUACACAACGGUGGGCUGUUGGAAGCACCCUGAUCUAUAAAGACAUACACACGGUACUGGCACAUGAUGUUGUGUAUGGUCAUGUAAAUUUGUUUCAUUGCCACUGUAUGAGUAUGUGGUAUAUUAAACUAGCACAGUACUGUGCAUUUUGUAGGUGAGCAGAUGUGUUGUUUGAAACAUGUUUGAGAAACAAUGUUGUAAUAAAACUACAGAAAUAUAA